UAACUCCAACACAGUGGGAGGCAGCAUUUCAUUGCAGAGCCGUUUGGCUACAGCUGCAUAGAAGAAAGGAACAGUUUGUCCCACCGGCGUUUUAUUUAGCCGCAGAAGGUCGUUCGCAGCUGGGCGGUAUUUCACAAUACUUAAAACCCAAACUAACUUAAAUUCAUAGCAAGUUUGUGGCUCGAAACGUGGGGUAAUUAGGGCGUUUGGUCUGGAACAUUGAAGCCCGGUCUAGUUGGACCAGACCCCGGGCUCCGCUUUUCCGACCCAGGAUCUCCCUUCCUUGAACUGAGUGGCUGGUUUGAUGGCAGCCACGGCCGGUGCCCGGCGGUUACCCAUGGGUGUUCGGACGUUUAGUGACUUUCUCCAGAUUGCUACUGUGGGCACCCCUCGCUCGUGUCGUGCAGCGAUGCCAAGAGGAUGCCUGCGACAAAACAUAAGACACUUGUCGUCAUGUGGCAUUUUGAUGACAAGAACUCCCAGAGUGCUUUGCCUUCAAGACUGGGAUACAAUGACAGCUGUUCCCCAAAGCAGAAACUUCAUCAGUUUCACCAACAAAAGGAAGGAGUACUCUGAGCGUAGGAUACUUGGCUUUUCGAUGCAGGAAAUGUAUGAUGUGGUGUCCAAUGUUGACGACUACAAGCACUUUGUGCCCUGGUGUAAGAAGUCACAGACCAUCAUGAAAAGAGCAGGCCAUUCCAAAGCCCAACUUGAAGUGGGAUUCCCUCCAGUGGUUGAGAGAUACACAUCUAUGAUCUCUAGUGUUCGGCCUCAUCUAGUCAAAGCAGUGUGUACAGAUGGAAAGCUGUUCAAUCACCUGGAGACAAUAUGGCGCUUUAGUCCUGGCAUUCCUGGUUACCCUCGCACCUGCACGGUAGACUUUUCUAUAUCCUUUGAGUUCCGCUCUUUGCUGCACUCCCAGUUAGCCACCAUGUUCUUCGAUGAGGUUGUGAAGCAGAAUGUCGCUGCGUUUGAGCGGCGAGCCGGUAAGCUCUACGGCCCAGAGACUCGUAUCCCACGAGAGCUGAUGUUUCACGAGGUGCAUCAGACGUGAUCUCGGCAGCUGUACGUUCUCAUCUGGCCUUAAACCAUAACAACCUUUUAUUCCCUUUAUCCACGCCAACCCGCAUGAUGCUGCUCAGUCGCCCAUCACUUUGAGUCCCCACAUAGAUAUCAUGGCUCCUGUAGACGUUAGACAUCCAACUCUUGGACUUCUUGCCUCAACAAAUUCUUUCUUAUCUCCUCCUUGUGUAAAGUCUGUCCACUUUCUGUCUACCUCCACUUACGGGAUCCUUGUUUAGCAAAAGGAACCCACCAUUGCUCUCGUUACGAGCUGUAUUUAUGUAAACCAAACAGUAAAUCCUUGCAACAUCAUGUUACUAA